AAAUGCGUCGUUUCUGCUUUCUCAGGUCUCGCACGCGCGCGCGCGCUCAUCAGCAGCGUCAGCAUCAGCAUCCGUGCAUCAGCAGACCCGGGCGAAAUGAUGCCGCGCGCGGGGCACCGCCGACAUCCAUGCACAAACUUCACUGGGAUACUGCAAAGCUGCGUCGACGGAAGAAGAGCAGAGGAUGGACCAUUUACCUGCAGACUACGGAGGGAGGUGACGUCAUCGUGGGUCCUGGAACCAUGGAAGUUGUGCAUCUAGGAAAAUCUCUGAUUCUUGUAAACAAAAAUAGAGAUCUGUCCUGAGGAAUCCUUGUAAUUGUGCCGUUACAAGGUGUCAGUGGUCACCCAUGUCCCACUCUGCGAGCCGAAAGCCAUCAGCUGGUUCCCGCAGAAGGCCUGCUGCCCCAAGCAGCACUCGACACUCGCAUGGGGACUCGUCUGUCCGUAGCAGUUACUCAGCAGCGUCCUGCAAGUGCACAGAGAGCAAUACUGUACCACGCUCCAACCCAGCCACACCACGACGGCAGGCAAAGUAUGCAACCUGUAGUGAGAAUCACGGGAUCCGUCCGCCUGCUCCUGAGCAGUAUCUCACCCCACUGCAGCAGAAGGAAGUGUGUAUUCGUCACUUACGAGCUCGGCUGAAAGAAAAUGUGGAGAGGCUUCAGGACAGAGACUCUGUGAUCGGGGAGUUACGGAUGCAGCUGACUCGGAUGCAGGAGGAUUGGAUUGAAGAGGAAUGUCAUCGCAUAGAGGCCCAGUUGGCCCUAAAAGAGGCCCGGAAGGAGAUCCGGCAGCUUCAGCAGGCUGUAGAAACUGUUAGUUCCAAUCUGGGAGCCCAUGAGGCAGAUCAACAGGACUGUAAGUCUGAAGGUCUAGGUGUCGGAAGGAUAGGCCCACGAUUUGGAGCAUCCAGGUCUUGUGGCUGCUCUCCGGCCCACACCAUGAGCCGCAGCGCCACCUUCACCAGGCUAAGCAGAGACACGUCACCUGGCGCUACAGAUCACAACGGAAACAUACACUCUGAUUGCUACAUUCCCGCCAAUAGAGGGGCGAUGACAUUACCAAGAGGGGACGGACGUACUCACCUACUUCUGGAAGCAGCUCUACUGUCUGAGCAAGUUCCUCACACAACACUAUGCUCCUCUUUGCCACGAUCCUCCACCUGUGAGAGAUUGUGCAGCGGAGAGACGGUGUUGCCCGUCAGCCGAUCCUGCCAUGCUGUUAACAACAACUGCAGCUGUAUUCCACAUGCCUACCUCCCACACCACCAUUUGUUUUUGCACCUCCCACAGGAGGAAGCACCACCUCCUCAUCUGCCUCCACCACCACCACCACCUCCAAAAGUGCCCCCUAGUGCAUCGGAGGUCAGUGACAGGCCAGGUUACCGGUCACAGGCCUGCAGCCCCACCAUAACCUGGAUCUCCGAAGAGUGUGGAGGUGAGGAAUUGAGCGUCAUCACUUCAACAACUUGCGCGCCAGACAUUACUCUAGCUGAACCACAGGUGUUUUCACCAUCCUCUGCAACUACUUCCCCAGCUCAGCUGUCUUGCAUCACAGAAACUUUGCCGCUAGACAGCACAGUUGAAUUUACAUCAUCAACAACAAUGCCUAUAGUGUUGACGAAGCCACAGGUUCAACAACCUUGUCCCAGAGCGCCACCACCACAGGAAGCAGUGGUAGUAACGGUCAGUGAUGAAGAAGGAGUGGAGGAGGAUACAGAAUCAGCUGCCCCUCAGAGGAGCCACUGGAGUCGUUAUUUCCUGAUUGACCUUUUAGCGGUGGCCGUUCCUGUAGUUCCAACACUGGCGUGGCUUUGCCGGGGGUCACGGAAUGAAGGCAUGCCGGUGUACAACAUGGGCUCCCUGUUGCGUGGCUGCUGUGCCGUUGCUCUGCACUCUCUAAGACGGGUUGGAAGCGGCCGUGGCCCCUCAGGAACAGGAAGAGCUAAACCUAUCUGAUAGCAUUACCGUACCAUCUAAACCUUUUAAUUGGAUCUUGAGUGGGCUUUUUGUCCUUGAUCUACCAGUUUGUGGUUUUUAUUUAUUUAUUUUUGAACCAAGGAGGUCUAAAUCUAUCACACCAAUGCUUGUUUUGGGAAAAGAUUGGGGGAAUGUGGCUCUAAUUUGCACAGACACUCACGAGUUUCAAGGCUGUUGCUCAUUUCCACCAUUUGUUUUCCUCUUCCUUCUGGUUCUCUUAUCUGCUAUAUUUCCUCCCAUUCCUGGCAGAAACUCAGCAGACAGUACACAGUCAAAAGUUGCUGCAAACACGAGUCCAAGCUGAGCAGAGAAGUCACAAUGUAUACAAGUUUAGGCGUUAAGAUUUAAGAAAAAUAAUAAUUAAAUGCUUUGAAAUAUCAUUCUUAUGUAAACUGUUCUACUGAACUGAAUUCAUUCUGUUCUCGUUUCACGAGUGAAGCCUGUUCUCAAGAAAAAUGUUGCAUGUAACUUUAGGUAGGUUACAUAAACAUUAGUGUGAACUGAUCUUCAUGAGAAGAGGAAAUUUCAGGUCCAUAGCGCAAACAAAUUAGUGUGGCUAGGCUUUCAAAUUUUAAACCUUUACAUGUUGCCAAGCAACCAUUGUGCCAAUCCAUCUAAUUUCAUAAGAAACAGAACUUUUCACAAUAUAGACACAAAAUUAAGUUUGUUUAAAAGUGAAAAUAAUAUUAAAUGGUAACUGUGCAAGAAGCAAUAGGCAUCCAGCAACUUUGCUGUUUAGAUCUCUAAAAAACAUGCAUAACUCAUUAGAUAUAAAAACAUUGAUCCUUUAACAUAAAAAUGUCUUUACUAAUGUGGAGUGUUCUAAGGAUUACUAUUCUGAUGUCAUUCUAGACUCUUCUAGAGUUCUAGAGUUAUGUGUCAGUUGUUUUAUCGGUUACACUACUGUGUAUUCUUAAUAUGAGCAAAAAUAAACUGCUUUACUAUGCUUCAUUUGCUUAUUUAAUUGUAGAAAAUGAUGUUCAAAUGCCAGAUUUCACUGAUAAAGCAAUGGAAGGUGAUGGCCUAAAAUGACUUUAUUAAUCUGUUCUUUGGGUGGUAGAUUUCUGUUCUUUUAAACUCAGGUGGUACUCAGGUGAAUAGUAUUAGAGAGGAUGCAAACUUAGCGGAAACCCAUGUCAGAACAUCCAUUCAUUAGAAAAACCAAGGUUUAUAAAUAGUAGAACAGCAGUUGUGAAGAUGUAUAUUUACUGUCAUAAUAGGCUUGUCUUUAAUCUCAAGAUAUUUUAACACACCACUUCAGAAAACAAAUGGGUCUUUAACUGUUGCAUGCAUACAGAUUUCAGUAACUCUAUUAGGAAAAUACUUGCAAUUAAUUCAUGGAUUUGUAAAGCAAAGUCUUCUGUUUCUUUGAAGUAGCACAAAAGAACAAAUCUCUGUAAUCAUGGUAUUCCAGUAGGUUAUUUUAAGGGCUUAAAAUGCAUGUUAGCACAAUAAUUCCUAGUAGUUAGCUGUCAGUAAAUUUAAAGAUUGUUUCAAAUAGACAUUUACAUAAAGAAGUCAUCCUGAUUUGCAGAGCCUCAUUACAAAAUAUGAUUGUGUAUUUAGACAAAGCCCAUCUACACUCAACCCUAAUUGUAAAUUUGGAUUGUUUUGUUCAAUU